AUGAGUUGGAACCCUAAUUUAAUCUUCUACGCUUGCAUUGCAAAAGACACUACAAUCCUAGCUGAAUUCAAUUCAAAAGAUGCAGAUCUUGGCGAUUUAGCUAAGAAGUGCCUAGAGAAGACGCCGCCCUUCCAUUCCAUCUUCUCCCAUACUGUUCAUGGUGAAACAUACAUGUUUUUCAUCCUUGAUCCUUUCGUAUAUUUUGGAAUAUUUGAUGAAUCGCUCGAGAAACCCGAAUGUUUGUUGUUUCUCAAAAGCGUAAAAAACGCGUUUACCAGUAUGAUAGAUAAUUGCAGUUCUGGCAUGAUGAAACAGCGGUUGUAUUCCCCAAAUUGGCAUUGUUUCCAAGGAGAAUUUAGUCCGGUGUUUCAGCAGCUUCUGGCUUCAAAUUUGGAAUUCGAUGCGACGUCAUCGGCGGCGGAUUUGAAAGACGAUCACAGAGAGAGUUUAAAUUCCGUGAGAAGGAAGAACAAAGGGUCUACGGAUUCUUCCUCGAUGAAGAAAAGGUUUUUUGGCGAUGCCGACAAAGACGGAGCAGAAGAAGGGAAAUUGGAUUUGGAUAAUGACGAUGGGUCUGUUUCAAGUGGGACCAUUCAUUUCAUCUACUACUGUGAAGAAUCAAUCAACAGUAGGACUUGGAAGAUGGGGUUUGAAGAGGAACCAAAAUUAUUAUUACUGUUUUCACAGCGUUUCAGUAGACUGGAGCUGGAGGGUGGCUUUACUCCGCCACCAGACACCUACACCGGAGCUGGAGCAACCAUCCCGUUUCAAUGGGAGGAGGCACCCGGAAAACCAAGAUGCACCACUACCAGUGAUCCGGCACCACAAGGUGUGAGGUGUUUGAAUCUCCCUCCGAGACUGUUGAUGAAUACCAAAGAAGAGAGUAUACAGACACAGUCACCAACAAGUGUGCUGGAUGAACCUUAUUCCGGCAUGUCUUCACCUGGUAGAAGUAAGUGGAAGAUGAUGAUGGGAUUGAGGAAGAUGAUGAUGUGUAAGGGAACAUCAUCGCAUCAGCUCCGAUCAUGGAGUUUAGAUAGUUUCACGUAUAUCAGCAGCAGCAGCAGAGAUGGUGAUUCCUCUUCAUCAUUAAAUGACGUCUUUUCAGAUUCUCUUGAUUCCAACGUUAAAAACAACAAAGUUUCAACGACACGUGGCCUCAUCUUCUUCAACAAAACCGCUUUUAGCAUCUUGGAAAACAUGAAUCAAAGCAUUAAUCAAGUCGUCCCAUGGAGACGAUAG